AUGAGACCGCGCUACGGCUCUGCCCGUACAUCCGCCCGCUUCGCCAUUCCGGCGAGACCCUCUACUGUUGUUGCCGUUGAGGAUGAUGUCGAAGAAGUGGUGAAUUUGGACGACGACAAGGAAGAACCCAAAGAAGGCGAAAAGAAGGAGGCAGAAGCCGAAAAGGCCCCUGUGGUUGAGGUGUCAGCCGAAGCUGAGAAGACGACCGAGGAAAAGAAAGAUGAGGAGGUGAAAGUUGACGACAAAAAGGAUGAGGAGAACAAAGUAGGGGAAGGCAUGGCUGAUUCUGCUGAAGCUGCCGAAGCUAAACCAGCUGAUGAAGAAAAGAAGGAUGAGGAUGCUGCAAAGGAAGCCGUGGAGAGUGAAAAGAAACCGGACGAUGAAGCAAAGGUAGAAGAAUCCAAGGCAACUGACGGAGAUGUAGAAAUGGUGGCUGAUAGCAGUACUUCUGGCGAUAAGAUUGAACAAGAAGUUCCAAAGUCGACCACUGAAGGGGUGGAAUCAGUUGCUGCAGAAUCGAGUGAAGCUGAGAAGAAGGACGAUGAACCGAUGGAAACCGAGAAAGACAAAGAAGAAGUCACAGUUGAAGAGCCCGAACAAACCGUACCAGAACCAACCGUAGUAGAAGAAAGCGAUGAAACACCAGCUGAUGAAGAACGUCCUCCUACACCAGUUCUUACUUUGGAGAAAAUGAUGAACCUUUUGUUGGAUCACUCGAAUCCGUUGCCAGAUGAUGAAUUGGAAACCUUGUGCAUUGAACGAGCAGACUUCCUGGAGUCUCUAAAAUCAGUUCAACCUUCAGCCAAGCGUGAAGGCUUCAUCACUGUACCCGAUGUUACGUGGAAUGAUAUCGGUUCGCUGGGUGAUAUUCGUGAGGAGCUGAAACUAGCUAUCCUAGCCCCAGUGAAAUUCCCUCAGCGUUUGAAAUUACUCGGUCUCAGCUCUCCCUCCGGAGUGUUAUUAUGUGGCCCACCUGGAUGCGGUAAGACACUACUCGCAAAGGCAGUUGCCAACGAAGCUGGCAUCAAUUUCAUUUCAGUCAAAGGUCCCAAACUGUUGAACAUGUAUGUCGGAGAGUCGGAACGUGCCGUUCGUCAGUGUUUCCAACGAGCUCGCAACUCGACUCCAUGUGUCAUCUUCUUCGAUGAAUUUGAUUCACUGUGUCCCAAACGGUCAGACAGUUCUGAGGGUAGCGCAGGAAUGCGAGUGGUGAAUCAAUUGCUCACCGAAAUGGAUGGCAUCGAGGAUCGGAAGGGAGUGUUCCUGAUGGCUGCAACCAACCGACCAGAUAUCGUUGAUCCUGCCGUUCUUCGCCCUGGACGCUUGGAUAAAAUUCUGUAUGUUGGCUUGCCAGCGGAAGAAGAUCGCGUAGAUAUUCUUCGUGCUUUAACUAAAAACCGCACGCAACCUCCAUUGGCUGAUGAUGUUGAUCUGAGUGUUGUUGCGCGACUUACUGAGGGUUAUACCGGCGCUGACUUGGCCGGACUGGUAAGACAAGCUUCUCUGCAAACUUUGAAAGAUUCGAUAGCUGAAUGCAGUAGUGACGAUAACGUGUCAGACGAAUCGGAAAUUGUUGGGUAG